AUGCACACUCUGGAGCUCUUCGUUGCUGCAGCUCGUAAAUGUUUGUCCACUGGAAGAAAAUCUCUCUCUGUCCCUCAGUGUCUGGACGUGGCUGCUCACCUCUCAGUUGUAGAUUUGGCUUUGAAACCUGCUCUGCUGUAUGACACCAACAGCGCGAGUGCAGAGCAGGUGCAUCGGUAUUUGCGCUUAUGUCAGUCGUCCCAACUCGUAUCUAAAUGCCUUGUCACCUUGGACUUGAACGGUAACAGCCUCAUACUUAACCCGGUUGCAGUCCGGUCCAAUCUUGAGCGGAUGCUUCACAACGGCGGCCCGGUGGUGAUUGACGUCUGCCACUCACUGGUCAAGCCCACCAUCAUAGAGCCAGUCAGAGCAGGGCUGAAGAGCAUCGCACAAGAUCUCCUUUUUCUUCUAAGAGGGUUUGAUGCAGGAAAGGAAGUUGAUCGAGGAAUCUAUGUGGCAGAGAGUUCAGAUCAGUGGAACCUGAGCACCGUCUUCGGACUGCUACUGGGUUAUCCCGCCACUUACUGGUUUGACCAGAACGAGAGCUUUGAAAACUGCCUCGCUAUGACCCCCUUGAUGGUGACCACGGCAUCAGCAACAUGGCGAGCAGAUUCUACUAGCUGUAAAUGUUGCCUGUACUCAUUCAGUAUCCCCGCCGUCCUACAGAAUGAGACGCUGUCCCACCUGGAGGGGUGGAAGCUUGGCCUUCAAGAGAGAUUCCAGCAGCAAAAUAUCCUAAAAGAGCUCACUGUUUGUCAGUCUGCAGUUACUCUCCCGUCAGUCUGUUUGUGACUAUAAAACCGUCAAAGCGUU